UGCUUUUUUCCCUUUCCGGCCGCCAUCUUGGCUCCUUCCGCGUGCGCCCACCAGGCUCUGUGCUUCCCUCGGCGGACUUCCCUCUUCUUUUUCCGCCCUGACCCGGCUGGACUGCUUCCUCCCGAGAAGGUACAAAGAGGCUUCCCACUCCGGGAAGCUGGGAGAAGGGGGAGAAGGAUUCGCCAGUUGCGGGGUUAUUUUGCCCGUGAAAAGCCUCCUCCGCCGCCGUAGGCCUAUGAAAGAAAUUAUCAUGAAUCAAGAGAAAUUAGCCAAGCUGCAAGCACAAGUGCGCAUUGGGGGCAAAGGUACUGCCCGCAGAAAGAAGAAGGUGGUUCACAGAACAGCUACAGCAGAUGACAAAAAGCUUCAGUUUUCCUUAAAGAAGCUGGGAGUAAAUAAUAUCUCUGGUAUCGAGGAGGUAAACAUGUUUACCACCCAGGGCACUGUCAUCCACUUCAACAACCCUAAGGUCCAGGCUUCUCUAGCUGCUAACACUUUCACAAUCACAGGUCAUGCUGAAACAAAGCAACUGACUGAAAUGCUUCCUAGCAUCUUAAACCAGCUUGGUGCUGAUAGUCUGACAAGCUUGAGGAGACUAGCAGAAGCUCUACCCAAACAACCUGUGGAUGGCAAAGCACCACUUGCUACUGGAGAAGAAGACGAUGAUGAAGUUCCAGAUCUUGUGGAAAAUUUUGAUGAGGCUUCAAAGAAUGAAGCAAACUGAACUGCCACUUUAAGUUAAACUUGAAAAUUAUACAGAGCUGCUAUUUUAUAUUGUGACUUUUAUUUGUAACAUUUUUGUACUGAUCUUAAAUCAAAGAUCUGUAAUAUUUGGAAACUCUUACAAAUUGCAGCUCUCCUCAGUUCUUGCUAGUGCACGGAGCAUUUAGUUGCAGCUGGGUUGGAAAUAACACAAAAUCGAAAAAGUAUUAAGUCAAAAAUGCUAAUAAAGGCUACAUGUUUAGGCAAA